AUGUCAGAACUUGAAAAAAUUGCCAACUUUUUGUCUCAAUCUGUCGUGGCAAACACUUCAAAAUUUGCAGAACGAAGUUUGAAAUCAAUUGAAAAUCAGGAAGGUUUCGGUCUGACCUUACUACAUGUUGUGUCUUCUACCAAUCUACCCAUUUCUACAAGAUUAGCUGGGGCUCUAUUUUUUAAAAAUUUCAUAAAAAGAAAAUGGAUAGACGAAAAUGGGAAUCAUUUACUUCCUCCGAAUGAUGUUAUGUUGAUAAAAAAGGAAAUAGUUCCUUUAAUGAUAUCUUUGCCUGGAAAUUUACAAGUGCAAAUUGGUGAAGCUAUUUCCGUCAUAGCUGAUUCUGAUUUCCCACAGAACUGGCCAACUUUACUUCAGGAUUUGGCCACGAGAUUAACAAAUGAUGACAUGAUUACAAAUAAAGGUGUUUUAACCGUUGCGCACUCGAUUUUCAAGAGAUGGAGACCUUUAUUCAGAUCAGAUGAGCUAUUUUUGGAAAUCAAAUUAGUGUUAGAUGUUUUUACACAACCCUUUAUGUCCUUAUUGAAAACGGUUGACGAACAAAUUUCUCAAAAUCCAAAUGAUCAAGGGAAACUGAAUAUAUAUUUCGAUGUCUUAUUGAUCCUGACUAAGUUAUACUAUGAUUUUAACUGUCAAGAUAUCCCUGAAUUUUUCGAAGAUAACAUUGAAACCGGUAUGGGCAUUUUGCAUAAAUAUCUAGCCUAUUCAAAUCCAUUAUUGGAAGAUGCUGACGAAACCGAACAUGCAAGCAUCUUGACUAAAGUUAAAUCUUCGAUCCAAGAAGUUGUUCAACUAUACACAACUAGAUAUGAGGAUGUAUUUGGUCCAAUGAUUAAUAAAUUUAUCGAAAUCACGUGGCAAUUGCUGACAACAGUAUCACCUGAACCUAAAUAUGAUAUCUUAGUUUCCAAGUCAUUAUCAUUUUUGACAGCAGUUUCCAGAAACCCAAAAUAUUUCGAAAUUUUUAACAAUGAGAGUGCAAUGGAUAAUAUCACAGAACAGAUCAUUUUGCCAAAUGUUAUUUUACGUGAAGCUGAUGUGGAAUUGUUUGAGGAUGAUCCAAUAGAAUAUAUUCGUAGAGAUCUUGAAGGCUCUGAUACGGAUACUAGAAGAAGAGCGUGUACUGAUUUCCUAAAGGAAUUGAAGGAAAAAAAUGAAUCUUUAGUGACUAAUAUUUUCUUAGCUCAUAUGAGAAAAAUACUGGAGCAAUAUCAAUCAAAUCCUAAAGAAAACUGGAGAUAUAAGGAUGUUUACGUCUACUUGUUUGCUGCGUUAGCUAUUAAUGGUCACAUCACAACAGCAGGUGUAUCUUCUACCAAUUCUUUACUAAAUGUUGUAGAAUUUUUUACGGAACAUAUUAUCCCUGAUUUAACUGGGGAUGUUAACCAUCCUAUCCAAAGAGUCGACGCAAUCAAAUAUAUUUACAUUUUCAGAAAUCAAUUAAAUAAACCUCAGCUGGUUGAAAUUUUACCACUCUUAGGUAAUUUCCUACAGAAUGAUGAGUACGUGGUGUAUACCUAUGCGGCCAUUACCAUUGAACGUAUAUUAACGAUAAGGGAAUCAUACUCAUCACCGACAUUCAUAUUUACCAAAGCAGAUCUAGUUGGAAGUUCCGAAAUCUUAUUGAAGAAUUUAUUAGGAUUGAUUAUGAAGCAAGGAAUAUCACCUGAAAAAUUGGCAGAAAAUGAAUUUUUGAUGCGUGCUGUGUUUAGAGUUUUACAGACGGCAGAAGAGACAGUACAAUCGACAUACCCUGAACUUAUUAAUCAAUUGGUGAGUAUUGUUAGUAUUAUUGCGAAGAAUCCAUCAAAUCCAAGAUUCACACAUUACACAUUUGAAUGUAUUGGUGUCAUAUUUAGCUAUACUGAAAAGAAUAUUUUGCUAAGUUUAGUGGAAUCGAUAAUGCCCACUUUUUUAAACAUUUUGUCAGAAGACAUUCAAGAAUUUAUUCCUUAUGUUUUUCAACUUAUUGCAUAUUCUGUUGAACAAAUGCCAACACUUCCUGAUAGUGUAAAACAAUUAUCACAUCCUUUGUUGUCACCAUCAAUUUGGGAAUUGAAAGGGAACGUUCCAGCUGUAACGAGACUAUUAAAAAGUUUCAUUAGUAAAGAUCCUUCAAUAUUUCCUGAUUUAGUUCCAGUAUUAGGUGUUUUCCAAAGGUUGAUUGCCUCCAAAGCAUACGAAAUUCAUGGGUUUGAAUUAUUGGAUGAUAUAAUGUUAACCAUUGAUUUAAAUCGGUUACAACCAUACCUGAAACAAAUAGCUACUUUAUUAUUACAAAGGUUACAAAGUUCUAAAACUGAAAGAUAUGUUAAGAAACUAAGUGUUUUCCUGGGAGUCCUUUCCAUUAAAUUGGGAGCUGAAUUUGCUGUUCAAUUUAUAGAUGAAGUUCAGGACGGAUUAUUCCAACAAAUAUGGAGUAACUUUGUUGUUCCAACAUUACCUGAUCUAGGUAAUUUAUUAGAUCGUAAGAUUGCCACAGUGGGUGCGUUAGCAUUGUUGAUGAAUGGGGAUAUAGUGAAAAAUAAAUAUCCUAGCUUGCUUCCAAUGACGUUGACAGCCAUUGUUAAAUGUGCAGCAUCUGAAAGUGUCGCCAAUGUUAAGAGUGAGUUUACAGAUUUGGAGAACAUUGAAGAAAUAUCCACCUUCGGUUCUUCGUUUAGUAAAUUGGCUAGUAUAUCUGAGAGACCGUUUGAUCCAUUACCUGGAAUUGACUUAAACAAUGGAGUAAGGAUAUAUAUUGCAGAAGGUUUGAAGAAAUGGAUACAAGCAUCAGGAGCUUUUGCAAAUAAUGUUAUUUCUCAAUUGGAUUUGGAAACUAAAUCAAAUUUGAACAAGUUAGUAAAUAUGGUUUAA